UUGACGCGUGCGCAGUUACGGCGUACAAGGUCGUUAGAGCAGUGGUUCAACAUGAUGUCCCUAGCUGCCCGGUCAGGGGUAUUUUCCCCUUAUAUGCAGGCUACAGCUUUUGCGGUGUCGGGGCCCUUGAAAGCUCUUGUACCUGGGGUUGUUGUAAAGGGAGAGAAUAUUUUAUUGAACCCGAAGAAACAGUUUCUGUGCCGGGAGUCGCUAAACGGUCAGAGCCCAAAGACAGGCCCUGCUGUGACAGUUAGCAUCAAUGGCUCUGCAGGAGUCAGAUUCGCCCAUACAGACAUCAGAGUACCAGACUUCUCCGACUACAGACGUCCUGAGGUGCUUGACCCCAGCAAGUCAUCCCAGGAGAGCAGUGAAUCCAGAAGAACCUUCUCCUACCUGGUCACUGGAGCCACAGCUGUGGUGGGUAUCUAUUCUGCCAAGACGGUGGUCACUCAGUUUGUUUCUUCCAUGAGUGCCUCGGCUGAUGUCCUGGCUAUGUCCAAGAUAGAAAUCAAGCUGAGUGACAUCCCUGAAGGUAAGAACAUGACCUUCAAGUGGCGAGGCAAACCACUGUUUGUGCGUCAUCGCACAGAGAAGGAGAUUGCUACAGAGGCUGCUGUCAGCCUCACAGAGCUGCGAGACCCUCAACAUGACAAGGACAGAGUCAUCAAUCCCACCUGGGUCAUCGUCCUGGGAGUGUGCACACAUCUGGGCUGUGUACCCAUCGCCAAUGCCGGUGACUAUGGAGGUUACUAUUGCCCCUGCCAUGGCUCACACUAUGAUGCCUCUGGCCGCAUUAGGAAAGGCCCUGCUCCCCUGAACCUGGAGGUACCUUACUACGAGUUUCCAGAUGAAGACACAGUCAUAGUGGGAUAAAAGGCACUCAAGAGACUGAGAUGGCUUUGUACUACAGUUGUCAGUCUGUCACAAGCAUGAUAAAGGAAUAUUCAGGUGUAUUAGUAAGAACAUGUUGAGGUAUUGGAAAGUUUGCUUCUCUUCAUCAGCUUAGUCAAACAUGAUGGCACAUCUGCUCUUUUGGUUGUCUUUACCUGUCUUAUUUAAUGCCAUAAAGGCACAUUAUACAUAAAAGCAAGCAGGAGGUAUUCUCACUGAGCUUUUGAUUCAUGCAUUCAAAACUUCAUCCUGUUUUUUCUCCUUUCCUGAGUAUGACUUGAACAUGAUAAACACCUGCUUAUCUACAGUUAUAGUCCAUCCAGUUACUGGAGAGCAAAUGUUGUGUUCAGAUGUGGAUAAUAAAGAUUUUAUUUUAAUUGA